CGAGCGUGAAUACAAAUCAGACUCCCUCCUAGACUCCCCGUCGCGCACACGCGCAUUCUCUGCAGCCGCACUGGAGAGCUGCGGUUGAGGUGACGAUUUAAUCUCUCACGCCUCAUUAAGGAGGAUCCGCCUGUGCAUGCGAGUGCGGUUUGCACACAGACCGUGAGCGCAUCUGCAUACGCUAAUGUGAGGAAACGCUCCACGAGAAAAAUCCCGUGUGGGUGGGAGAAUAGAAGGAAGGACGAGGAGAGGAAAGCUGCACAGGAGUUCCAUGGCAAACGCGCGUUAUGGCCACUGCAUAGGAAUCCAUCGCGACGGCUGCAGGGUGUGAAAAGAAAGAUAUGCAUAUAGAGCAGCAUGAAGACUAAAGUGGGAAAGCGCGAGGAGGAACAGAGCAGAAAGAAGAGGGAUCUACAAUGGCAGCAGAAGAGAAGCCUGCUGUGAAGAGCAGUAGCUCCAUUUUACCAUGUUUCUUAUUUGUGGAGCUGGUGAUCAUGGCAGGCACCGUUCUCCUGGCGUACUACUUCGAAUACACGGACACCUUUCCCGUACACGUCCAGGGAUUUUUCUGCUUCGAUAAGACGUUCUCCAAACCUUACCCUGGACCGGAUGAGACCAGUAACGUACCGCCGGUGCUCGUGUACUCUCUGGUUGCUGCGAUUCCUACUAUAACCAUUCUGGCUGGCGAGGUGAUGGCAUUUUUCAUGAGGUCGGAGGGCACGCAGGAGAAGACCAUAGUCACAGCCGACUGCUGUUACUUCAACCCCCUGCUGAGACGCGUCAUACGCUUCCUAGGUGUCUAUACCUUUGGCGUGUUCACCACCACCAUCUUUGCCAAUGCUGGACAGGUGGUGACAGGAAACCAGACGCCUCACUUUCUGUCAGCAUGCAGACCAAACUACACAGCACUGGGCUGCCAUUCCAACUUACAGUACAUCACAGAGCGCAAAGCCUGCACAGGAAACCCCCUCAUAGUGGCAUCUGCACGGAAAUCGUUUCCCUCCAAGGAUGCGGCCCUCAGUGUUUAUUCAGCAGUGUAUACAGUGAUGUACGUGACGUUGGUGUUUAGGACUAAAGGGACGCGUCUGACCAAACCCACACUCAGUCUGACUCUGCUGUGUCUGGCCAUGUUGGUGGGUGUGGUCAGAGUGGCUGAAUACCGCAACCACUGGGCCGACGUCCUCGCUGGAUACUUCACUGGCGGAGCCAUCGCUGUCUUUCUGGUGACUUGUGUGAUCAACAACUUCCAGCAGGCAAAGCCCCCACCCCCACCAGCGCGACCCCAGCGUCCUGAGUCUGUGCUGGGCAUGCCCAUGGUGGCGCUGCCCUGCGUAGAGAGUCCACUUGAAAAACUCCAAGGGGAUCUCCAUUCACUGAGAUCACAUGACCAUCAGCCUCAUCGGUUCCCCGUCCCCCCCGAUGUCCUCAUACCGUCUCGCUCCAUUUCCAGCGAAGUCUAGACCAGCCGUCCCAGCACACACGCCACUGCGCCGCCCACUCCGCGGGACGCUCCGCCACUCUGCACCGCUCCUACUCGACGCAGGUCUAGAUUUCCUCACCUCCAACCCAUCAUCCUCCAUAUUCCUCCAUGCUGCCGAUAGGGCCUCCACAAACCGCUCAAACAAACGACGAGAAGCACUUUUCGAGAGCCUGCUCAAAGAUGUCGAAAAGUCUGAACAAAAGCCAGAAAUCACAGGUAGGCGUCUCACUCUUGCCAGAGGGUUUGUUUGGACUGUGGGUGGAGGAUUUGCACCUAUUUAGACCUCAAACCUCAACCUGACCUAUUUCCUGGGGAACCGAUGAAGAAGUCUUGAUCAGCUUUUGGCUGAAAUGCAGAACUCGAUUUUUACUGCAGUGUGUCAGAUAUUUCAAUUCAUAUGUAAAUACAUGCACAGUUUUCUUCUUUUUUGGUUAAAGGCAUGUCUGUUUUUUUUUCUAUUUUGUUCAUAGCAUUGAUGGAGUUAAGUUUUUAUAUUCAUCACACUGUUUAUUUUUGAAAAUCAAGGCAGUGCAUCUAUACAUGGAAUAUUUAUUGGUUGUCUUUGAGUCAUGUUCACUAUGCACUUGGGACAAUCUCAUCAGCAUCAGAUAUCUGGACAUUUUGUAAGUGCACAUCAAGAACUGCAUUAGGAAAAGACCUCUAAACUUGGAGACAAUCUUGAUACCAGCUCUUAUAAUAAUGUUUGGAAGCACCAGAAGGAAUUGCAGUGUUUAAUGACAUACACAAAAACUCAACCACAGAAUUUUUUUUAUAUAUAUUUAAUGUCCAGUUUGUGCUCACAAGGAUUUCUCCACCAGCUAGAUGUAAUGCACAUGAGCCAUCAUUUUCAUUCUGUCGCCCCAGACACAACACAAUGCUUUCAGAUACAAGACAUUAUUACAGUUUGUCAUCACAGAAGGAUUGGAUUCUUCAUUUCUCAGGAGAGAAAAGCAAGAAUUGCAUCCCAGGACAUCAACAGAACAGUAAAGACAAAAUCUGUAUUGUCGGUGUUAUUUUUGUGAAGGUUUUCAAAAAUGCAGUAACUGAAGGUCAGCUAGUUUCUUUCUUGUAUAGUGAAUAACCUUUUCACAUUAGUAUCACCAUGUGUUACUAACAGACUUGUGCACCAUACAGAAUUGAACUGAAAAUGCCUUUUUAUUUACAGUCCGGUUCCUGAAUUUGAACUGAGGUAGCAGACAGAUGUAGAAUUGCAGAAAGUGACUGAAAUUCAAAGUAACUGUUCAGUAAUUUGUAACUAGAAAAAGUUUUGUUUAAAAGUUUUGAAAAAUGUCAGUUUGAAGUUUGAAGGUGAUGAUAGAUAGAUAGAUAGAUAGAUAGAUAGAUAGAUAGAUUGAUUGAUUUAACUUUUUGUGAAGUGUGGCCAAUUCAGUUCAAAUUCACAUUUGUAAAUUGAAAGGGAACCAAUUCUGAAUUUUGCACAACCCUCAUUAGCAAGUGUGUAAAAAACCUUUGGCUGUCAUUUUAUAUUGAUGAUGUUAUGAAAGGACCUUGCAAUGAAAUCAUUCCUGAUUUUGCAAACAGCACAGGAUGCCUUGUAAUACAGUGAGAUUUUAAAGUUUAAAGUUAUUUGAGCUAUUAUUAGCCUGCACUGCCUGGGUGACGAGACCUGAAAAGGACAGUCAUUUCAUUAGUGGAGCAAGAUUUUACAUUUUGAUGAAAGACUAAAAAGGACCUAUAAUGCCUCAAGUCUUAAUUUUGGGGUCUACUAGAAUAAGUUUUCAUGCUUGAAUGUUCAAAAAAACACAUUAUUUUUCACAUAUUUGACAUUGUUGCAGCACCUCUCUUCCCAGUCUGUCAGUAUCGCUCUGUUUAGUUUCUGUCUCUAUGAAGCCCCUCCUUCAGAAAAGCACAAUGUGCUCUGAUUGGUCGGCUGGUCCAGUGUGUUGUGAUUGGUCAACCAGUUCGAGUGUGUUUGGGAAAUGUCACACCUCUUACCAUAACCACGAGUUUCAACACACUACUAACUAACUCAACCAGGCCCCGCCCCUUUAUUUUGUGUAUGCCUUUGGCGGGAAUUAUUUAAAUGAGGAAUAUUGUGACGUGUUCGUUCCCGGAAGAAAAGUCAAGAUUACAAUGGAGGCGUUUCAUGGAGAAACAGUGUUACUGAUAUAGAGAAUAACUCCCUCUGGAGUAACUUUGUGCUUUGUAACUUUGCAGCAACAGCAACAUUACACACUGAAGAAAGUUAAAAAUUAAAAAAAAAAAAAAAAAAAAAGCAUAAUAGGUCCUCUUUAAGAAGAAAUAAGAGAAAGUAAUUAGGUAAAUGAUUAGGUGUCUCAGGCAGCUAAAGUAAAGUGAUGCUCAUAGAUUCAUAUGUGCAUGUUUGAUUGACUAUAAUUGAUUUUGAGUGACAGUUUUUCUAAACUGAGGAUGCUUAUGAGCGUGUCAAUUGGAUGUAUGUGCUGUACUGUACCAUAGGCCAAGUUUUGUGUACUACAUAAUUUUGAGCUCUGUUAAAUUGGCUGUUUCUGCCUGUUUUUCUGAUUUUUUUUUUUAAACAUUUUGCUUUGAAUCACAUUUUUUUUUAACAUAGUGUUUACUUAGACUGAUUGUUUGGUACUGUAAGUAAGCUGUGUAUACAAACUGUGUGUACUUUAAUCAGAAGAGUGUAAGAGUGUUGCACUCCAAACGGAUGAAAAUUAAUGUUUGUAACAUUAACUGUGACAUCUAAUCUGUCUGAUGCCCCCUCAGCCUUUACAUCCCGGCACCAGGUCCAGCCUCUGCCACAUUCUGUGCUACGUACAGUUACUGUCUCUGUUGUAAGAGCACCAUGCUUCACAUGCUAAGAAACACAUUUACGCCCUUAAAAAUCCCUUAAAGGUGAAGUGUGCAAUUUUUGUACCACUAGGUAACUACAACAACAGUGAUUUUAAACAUGUUUCCCAAACGUCUGCUAUUGGUCAGACAAGCAGAAAGCCCCACCCCCAAACUCACGCUAUUGGUUGAGCCAAUGGAAUUCUCAAAGAAACAGAGCAAAAAAAAAAUAGUCACAGCCAUAGAAUCUUUAAACUUUUAGGGAGAAUCAACCUACAAAUUAUUUAUAGUUUGCAUAUUAAACAAUACAAUUUAACAUGGAAAAAAUUACUCACUUCACCUUUAAAAAUCUUUCGCCUGUAGCUCUCAGCUCUCGUUUCUUCUUUCAUACAUCCAAUUUAAAAAAAAAUUUAAAAAAAAGAUAUUUGUACAGUUUUGCAAACAAGUCUUUUUGUAUUAAAGAAAAAAAAAAUGACAAAAUGAGUUUUGCACAUGACAUCACUUCUGUGCACCGGAUUAAUUUGUUACUUUACUUUGGUGAUCUUUAUUUAUAUACACCCAACGUCAAUGAUCUGUGUUUUGGGUAACUGAAUAAAGUAAAAGCGUGACAUGC